CACCCCAUCACCCACUUCACAACCCAAUCUUCAUUUUUAAAUCCUCCCUAAAUAAUACACAUCUUCUCGUCCUUCCUUCUUACCAACUUCUCCUCUGUUUUCUCUCUGUUCUGUUCUGUUAUACACCAAAAAAACAAAAAUGGCUGCAUACAGAGAACCCAUGAACGUAAGUGAAAGAGCACCAAUUUCAUCACAAGUACCACACUCACCAUGGCAUUCACCAGUUCCAUACUUGUUCGGUGGUUUAGCAGCCAUGUUAGGUUUAAUAGCUUUUGCUCUAUUAAUCCUUGCAUGUUCUUAUUGGAAGCUUUCAGGUUACCUUGAAGGUAACGGUGAAUCAGAAAGAGACCUUGAAGCUGGUGAAAGAAACAACGACACGGAUCAGAAACCGUAUGAAGAAAAAAUAUUGGUGAUUAUGGCUGGACAAGAUAAACCAACAUUCUUAGCCACACCAAGCAUGUCUUCAAGCACAAGUACAAGUACUAGUAGAUCCUCUUCUUUUGGUGACAACACUAGUACUUGUACUUGUGAACAUGACAAGGACCAGAAAUCGAUAGAAAAUAUGAAUGAUGAAGAAUCAACCGUGAAACAAGGAGGGGGUGGUGGUGAAAAUCAUGUAAGAAGAACAGAAAGUGUGGAAACACCAACAACAGACACAUCUUAAGAUAAGAACGUUUGAUAUGAUUAAUCAUGUUUAAUGGAGUUUUUGCAUGUUCCGUGAUUGGUUAUUAUUAUGUUAUAUAUAGAGAUAGAGAUGAGAUGGGUUUAGAAUUUUAGAUCCUUCUCUUCUUUUUAUGGGACAUGUGUAAUUUUCUUCAAUAUCUACAAAGUACAACUGUACAUUGAUAUUUCGGGAAUGUAAAUUUGAUGAGGUGGAAUGGAAGGUUUGCUAGUUCUCAAUUUUUGUUUAAAA